UUCUGCGGAGAACUCCCUUGGGGAAUGUGAUGGAGACAGUUUCCUGGUUUCACUUGCUGGGAACUCGGGCCGUCUCCCGCCAGGGAUCGGUGCAGUACAAGCAAAAGUCGUCGCUGUUUAGACAUAAUGACACCCCGGUUUGCGAAUUCGCCUCGCUGUUCGUGCGGGCUGGUUCCCCCGAGCCCGCCGCCUGCGCAGCCAGACGCAGUGAGGCAGUUACCCAGCAAAGCAGAGCGAUACAGAGAGAGAGAAAGGUGUUUACGCUCCUCCCCGCCAGUCCCUCACACCUCCAGCUCCGGCAGCAGCAUCUUUGCCUGUUCUUUAGUCCUCCCCGCUAUAGGAAAGGGGCAACGCUUCUGUCUCGCCCAUUUCAGUAGAGGCAAGGCAGCGAGACUAGGGCUGAUCCCCGGGAGGGGCAAAGACACCGAGAUUCCCCUUGUGACGAUGGUACCGGUGCUGGGCUCGGCGCUUGUGCUGGUUUUUGUUUCAGGCGCUUCGGGCAGAGCCGAGAUCCGGCAGCCGCGCUCCGCAGAGCGCUCGGAGGGAGCCGAACUGAACCUCACAGGCUCUCUCGGGUCUAUCAUCACUGAAACUAUAGUUUGGUACCAGCGGCUCCCGAACCGAGGGCCCCGGUAUAUAGUCUCGGGGUACCAGGGAAUCUUUAAUAGCAUCAACCCAGAGGGAGCUCUGCAUAUUCCUGAAGACAGAAAAUCCAGCACAUUGUCCCUGCGCAGGGCGAGGCUGGCAGAUGCAGCGGUGUAUUAUUGUGCUCUGAGCGACACAGUGUGACAGCCAGGGGCGG